AUCGCUCAGGAUAUAUUGGCUGCCGACAAGCAUAGUGAGCGACUUUAGUGGCAUACUGCCGCCCAAACGACCAAGUAUCGCCGCCUCGAGGACGACAGAUUCCCCUCAAGAACGAUACCAAUCCAUCAUACUCACAACCAUGGACCUCUCCGAAUCGCAAACGACAUUUCCCUCCGACAGCGAGAAUUACGAUGCCAACCACUCGAACCAGGACUCGUCAGAAGUCCCCAUAUCGGAUACGAGCAGUCCCAUGAUUCUCUAUUCACCGCCUACAUUCUGGAGUAUAUUACGCGGCGCUGCAAUCAACCUACUGCUACCGUUCGUCAACGGGUUGAUGCUGGGGUUUGGAGAGCUGUUCGCACAUGAAGCCGCGUUCCGCUUGGGAUGGAGUAAUACGAAGGUAUUUCCCAAUCACAGAAUAGGGCACACAGUAGGACCAGGCGUGGAGAUAAAGGAAGAUCCAAUCGAGAGAAGACGGAGGAAUGGCCAGGAAAUGGACGUGUACACUUCACUUGAGUAGUGUCGAGCAGGUGCGCAGAGGGAUAUACUCCAGCUGACGACGUGAAAAGCGUUAUGGUCUAUAAUACCGAAAGAGGAUCCGCGGCCACACAGAAGGGCUCGCAAAACGAGAAUGACACGAACCACGAGGUCAUGUCCGCGAUGAAAGUGGCACUGCCUAGAAAAUACCAGACGCCAAACCAACAUAACAAUCCACAAAA